GCUUUCCACCUCUUCUCCACCACCAGCUGCAAACCCUAGAGUGUGAUCGGGCGAGCGAGUCGGCGAUGGCAUUGCUCUCCUUCCUCACUCUCCUCGGCCUUCUGGCGCCGGCGUCAGCCCGCAUUCCUGGCAUCUACACUGGCGGCCAGUGGCAGGACGCCCACGCCACCUUCUAUGGCGGCAGCGACGCCUCCGGCACUAUGGGAGGGGCGUGCGGGUACGGGAAUCUCUACAGCCAGGGUUAUGGGGUGGAGAACGCUGCGCUCAGCACGGCGCUGUUCGACCAGGGGCAGAGCUGCGGGGCGUGCUUCGAGAUCAAGUGCGCAGACGACCCGCGGUGGUGCCACUCUGGGAGCCCCUCCAUCUUCAUCACCGCCACCAACUUUUGCCCGCCAAAUUACGCGCUACCCUCGGACAACGGCGGGUGGUGCAACCCGCCCCGCCCACAUUUUGAUCUCGCCAUGCCCAUGUUCCUCAAGAUCGCCGAAUACCGCGCCGGGAUCGUUCCUGUUUCGUAUAGAAGGAUUCCCUGCAAGAAGUCCGGAGGGAUUCGUUUCACCAUCAACGGCCACAUGUACUUCAACCUGGUGCUCAUCACCAACGUAGCCGGCGCAGGCGACAUCAUCCGCGCCAGCGUGAAGGGCUCCAGGACGGGGUGGAUGCCCAUGUCCCGCAACUGGGGCCAGAACUGGCAGUCCAACGCCGUCCUCGUCGGCCAGUCCCUGUCCUUCCGCGUCACUGGCAGCGACCACCGCACCUCCACCUCCUGGAACAUCGUCCCCUCCAACUGGCAGUUCAGCCAGACCUUCGCGGGCAAGAACUUCCGCGUAUGAGCUCGCCUUUCCUGCCCUUCUCUUCUGCUCCAAAAGAGUGUGUGAUUGACGCCAACUAGUUUUUUCCCCUGAAAUUGGUGUUGGUGCUUGUGUUGUGUCCCUAUUUUGCUAUGCAUUUGGAAUUACAGGAAUAUAUAGAAUGGUAGAUAUGGUAGAAGUGGUGGCUGAAGUGGCCGCAGAGCAAAUUGAAGUCUUGUAGCCCGCAGUUGCCGAUUAAUGUAUCUGAGUUGUCCUUCACAAAGUGUGACAGUGUUGGAUUGUUGUGUUCCUGCAUCCAUUAGUGGAGAACAUUCUCAUGUGAUGGAUGGACCUUAGCAGUUGCUUCAUCCUCACAAAAUAGUAUAAAAGAAAUGAUUUGCCUUGUCUA